AGUCAGUUCUACGUCAGAGCUGCACUUGUCGUUUCCUGUGUGUGUUGCCAGCUCUCAGCUGAAAGGUGAAUGAUACGAUGCAGAAAGCUGCAAAGGAUGCUUGAAGGAUCGAGAUAAAACCGUAACCAAAAUCUGUAAAAAUGGAAGAGACAAAAGAGAGCUUGACAUUCAAAGGUGUUGCUGAAAGACUGACGCUUGGUGUUACUCGAAUAUUAGGUGUGUAUUUUUGUUUUUGCCCUGAAACUACAAAAAAAAAUGUCCAGGUUAGCUAGCCGAUAUAUUGAUGUGUAACCAGGAUGUUCAUACACUGACAGAAUUUGUCCCUGUUGUACCAGAAAACAUGCCUGGUGUGGUCGAUGUGCGUUUUGUAGAGAGGGAGCCAGCAGAGAAGAGGAGCCUGCUGUCGUGGGAACAGGUGAAAAUCUAACACUCUUAAGACACAUUAAACUUGCUCUGGUUGUAUCGAUUAUUCUCUGUUGAUUUGACUGUACUGCUUCCAUAGAAAAACACGUGUAUUCUGCCCGAGGACCUGCGAGAUUUCUAUCUGACUACUGAUGGAUUUACACUAACCUGGGGCGUUAAACUUGACAGUAGGUGACCACAUCAGUGUAAUGUUCUGGCUUUGAUAAUAGGGGAGAGUGGAGUAAGUUGGGCCACCCCCUGUUGCUUGGAAAUGGUAAAAGAAAUUGAUCAUGUGACCACAUAUUUAGGAUAUGGGCAUCAAUUCAUGGAGUCUGUGAAGGUUAGAAGCACAUGGGUGAAGGGGUUAGACAUUUAUUUCCAAAAAAAAACAUUUUUCACUCUUGAAAGUGAAUUUAUUGUGUUGUAAGAUUUAUUAGAAUUGUGUUCAGACCAAAAAGAUCAUUUUAAAUUUGUUUUAUACAUCAAUUGUGGUAUGUAUGAGCUACAACAUGAGGUCAAAAACCUAGAAUAAAAGUCCACCAUUUUAGUUUAGAGGACUAAUAAAGUCAUAAUAGCAGUUCAGGGGUAAGUUGAGCUAGUGGCCCAACUGAGAAAGUAAAGGAGUCUGAUGAGAGGAUCAGAGUUUCAGUUCAGAUUGUUGAAAUGUGUUACUUUUUCAUUUCAAAAAUACAGCUGUGAACGUUCUGAAUCACUUAAAGACAUUCUCAUGUUAAAAUGUUUUUUACAAAUCAGUCUUUUUUUAGCAGUUAUACGCAAUAAUAAUAAAAAAAAUUGUUGUACCAGUUUAAUAGCGUAUAAUAGAUAAAAGUACACAUGAAUGUGAAGAAGUGACUGUUAUAUAGGGAGAGAGAAGGUGAGGGAGGGCUGGAGUGGAGAGUGGGGGGGGGGGGGGUUAGUAGGGAUACGGCUGAAGUUAUAUUAUACUACCCCGCUCCUAUGGUCAACUUACCCCAUACCCAUUUUUUUGCCAUGCUAUAUUAUAAAGACAGUUAUGUUUACACUCAUUCUGUUGGUCUACGGGGAUGCACAACAUCUUGAAAUAUAUGCAGAUACACUUGUUAGACAAAACUAUGAUUGCCUUGAUGUAGUGAUCCGAAAUAUGAAAAAUGGCUCAUCUUAACCCACUCUCCCCCACCAUUCCUACCAAACACAGUUUUAUUCCGAUUAAAGGCUUCUGCCUCUUAAUAAUACAUGAUAUAAGUAUUUGUGUUAAGUCAUAACGCUAUUUUUUCCAAUGAUCUUUAGCUCUUGAGAAAACUAAUUUGUAUGGGUUAUGUGUCUUUCAGAUGAGUGUGUUUCCUUAGGGUGCAUGAUGAUCAACAGUGUGGCCAGGCUGUGCCCACUUCUGCAGCCAGUUUCUUUAUUCUCUCUACCCAAUGCACCCUCGCUGGCUGACCUGGACUGGGAGGAGGACAACACAGAAAGUGGUAACCAUCACCUGUCAGAUCCUCAUGUGGACUCGACUCAGCAAUUACAGCAUGUCAAGUUUGAUUAAGUCUGUUUGCAGCUCAGCUGUGCAGAAACCAGGAUAAUGAAUGAAACGUUGAUUGGAAAGUAAAUAUUUACUCAAGGUUUGUUAAUGCUGUUUGCCAGGGAAGCGGCAUGCUCCUGCUGCACCCCAUUUUGAUUCCCGGAGCCGCAUCUUCGAGCUGGACUCCUGCGGUGGGAAUGGCAAAGUGUGUCUGGUUUAUAAAAACUGCACUCAAGGUGUGUUUGUAUUCAGAAAUUGCUCAAUACAUGACUUCUCUAAGCAUCAAAUAUCAAACCAAAAAAAUGUUGCCACAUCUAUACAUAUUUUAAGGUAAAAGUAUUUUUAUCAUGUGUUUGUUUUUGUAAGGUUUUUCUAAUCUCUUUGCAGGUGUUGUGGCCCAGCAGAGCGAAAUCUGGUUCCUUGAUCGCUCACUGUGCUGGCAUUUUCUGACAGCAACCUUUACCUCAUACUACCGUCUGAUGAUCACCCACCUUGGUCUACCUGAGUGGCAGUAUGCCUUCACCCCAUAUGGUCCCAGCCCACAGGCCAAGGUAAAAAAUAAAUAAAUCAAGUCCUGGUAAUUUUUAAGGACCACUUGUAAUGGUGUAAAUGGAGUGUACAAAAUCCUACUGAAAUACUUGAAGCUGUAACCCUUCAGUGCCUCAGUAAUUCUCAUCUCAUAAGUGGGGGUAAUAUUUUGAUUUAUUGUCAUAAUUUUAAUGAAUUUUUCUCAUUUUUGUGUGCGGAAUGAAUUUUUUGAGUUUGUCUUCUUUUUGUCAUAGAGUGUUUCCUAAUAUCUAAAAAAAAACAAGAACUUUCAAAAGGUUACACAAAACAUAAAAGUAUUUUGCCUGACUUCUAAGAUACAAAAUUUGCAGACUAUUUUCCUAAAUUGUUGGUCCUGUUAUGUGCCCCUAGAAGUUGCGUUCUGAUUCCCCCAAUUACAAUCAUUGUUCUUACAAUUUUCUUUUUUUUUCAUGUAGACAGCAUUACUAAGAAGGUGUAUUGUAAUAUAUAUGUCUCCCUUAACCCCUACAGCAGUGGGCAUCUCUGUACCAGCCUCUAAUUUUCAACAAUGAGCUCAGCUUGCACGAUCCUGUCAGUGAUUCCCAUCUCAACAAGCUGGAUCCAACAAAAGCCUUCAAAGGCAAAGCAAAGACGCCCAUUCUCAAAAAGAAGCAGUCUGCACAGUGCAGCUCAGGAAGUGCUGCAAAGACCCAAGGUGGCACAGGAAGACACAUAGGUGUAAAACGGUGAGAAGAUCCCUCUUAGAACAAAUUUCCACCAACUCGACUGUCUGUCCAACCAAAACAGCUCAGAGAAACAGUCUGCAAGGCUGCCAUUGGGUGGAUCCUGACUUAGGUGUGUAUCAGCAGCUUGACAAUCCAUCAGAUCAUACCAUCAUUAACUGCUGCAUAGACGGGGGUUUGGUUGUGAUACCAUCUUAUGAAGGUAAAAUGGCUAUAUGUUGAAGGUCUUGUGCAGUUUAAGUCUUCCUUUAACCAGACCUAGCUGGUUCGGAAAACAACUGUUUUGUCAUACAUUUGCAAAUGCAAGAGAGACUGAAAGAAUCCUGAUAAUUCUGCUUUCUCUGCUCAGUGUUAGUGUUCAAAGAAAGGAGACUUUAGAGGGGGUUUUAUCACAAGUUUAUUUUUUACAGAGCCUCUUUGAGAACAGUACAUCAAUAGCGACAUCUAGUGGUGAAAACAUGUCCAAGUAACCAGGUCUUAAUGUCUGCGUAUGUGCCAUUGAUAGCACCAAUAAUGAUGUAUAGAGGCUAUGCUGUAGUAACAAACCGUACCACCGCUGUAGCACUCAACUGCACUGAGUAAUGACACUGUAUUGGUUUUCAUCUAGACUUAUUAGCAGUAGACUUGAAUGUAUCAGUUUGAAUACACUACACAAUUAACCUAUCUUUAAAACCUUAAAAAAUUCAGAAUGUGUUUAUCGAACAUCUCUUUGUUUAAGUAACGCAUGAUAGCAGAGAACAAAAGAUGAACUUAAUACUUUGACUGGUCUGAGGUCAGUAAAUGUUCUGCAAUCAGUGAAUGCAUGUAUCCAGAAAAAAAGAGAUCCAGUGUUUAUUUUAAGAAUGCAUGGAUCAUUUAUCACAGUUUGGCAAAGACAUAUCAAGUUACGGCUCAGAACUCAAAGCUGCUUACUGGCCAGUGCAUCACUUCAGUGAUGUUCUGUUCCUCUGUAAACUUUAUGAAUGUCACAAAUGUGCUUAAUAACCAGUGAGUUGUGUAAAAUAACAUGAUAGUGUGAUCGGUAGGAUCAUCCCAGUAGAUAAAAGGGCACUUUAUUGCAGCAUUUUGUUAGCUUUAUCCAUUUAAGCCUUUUGAUUCCCAAAGUACACUGUUUGCAAACUUUACACUCAUCUGUGUGUAAAUCACAGACAUCUGUGAUCAAGAAUAUUUAAGCACCCCUGCAGCUCCUUCAAAGGUAAUCAAGCUAAAUUCACAGUUAUGAGCGUUUAGCUGCAGUGCCCCUGCUUUCUUGGAAAGAAAAAGAUGUUUAUUAUCUUUAGUUGUGCUGCUGCCCUUUCAAGCUGCAAGGUGCCGACUCCUGCUGUUCCUAUGUAAUUUUCAAAAGGAUGAAUGUGUAUUUUAAUUGCCAUAUACAACCACUUAUUUCCCUUAUAUAAAGUGUAGUUUCAGAGCUCAUGUUUGGGCUUUCUGUUUGACUGCAAACAGCGGGGAGAUAUUUAUGUAUUGUAAUAUGCAAAAUGUCAUUAUAAUCACUGUGUUUUUUGUCUUUUAUUUUCUUCAUUUCCUGCUUCUAAAGACAGAUUUCAGUAUUUUGAUUUUGUUGAAAGCAUCUUGUGUCGGAACAGUUUUGCAUAAAUAUGAUUAGUUUUUUUCCUCUCUGUGCUGUACUCAUACAGAGGAACAUUAUUUUCAUCAUAAUAAAAAAAACAACAAUGCUAAUAAAAUUACUCAUACAAAAUAGCCACAUCAUUUGAAUACUGCUCAACUUAUUCAGAACCUUCUUCUCCAACCCAGUCACACUUUUUUGUGAAAGUUCAUGUGUCUCCAUCCAAGUGAUUAGUUCUUGGUCUACUUUUAUAAUGCUUUAUCACCAUGGAAUGUUUCUGUUUAAUAUAGACGGCCACAAAGCUGAACAAAGACACACUGUGCAUAGUUUUCUGUGGGGUUGGGGGUUCUUAGACACACUCAUUUGCACAGAUGUUUUCUUGUUUCUCCAGAGUAACAGUCUCCUCCUCCAACAGCCCCUUACCCUGUCCAGAGGGGGGAGGGUGGUGCAUCUCCACCAUGACCCUGUAAAGCCCUGCACCUAGUACUCCUCCAAUUGAGGGUGCGACUAGAGGCACCCACCACCAACCAUUACCAGCUCUGCACAGAGAAAGACAGAAAAAACUGUAAACAGGUGGAUCUGAAAUAUAAACCAGCCACUUUGUUUUAUAAAGAGAUACAUCUUGUGCAUACAUAAUAUUACUAUAUAUAACAAAAUGGUAAAUACUGCCUGUUUUCCCUUGUUAAAGUGACAUGUUACAUCAAAUCCUUCCCUAAAAACAGCAAAAUAUUCCCAAUAUUACCUAAACACAUCUGUCCCCCAGCCUGCUAUAGCGGUAAAGACCCUGGGUGCAAUAUCUCUGGUGGGGUUGAUAGCAUAGCCGCUGUUGCUUCCUAGAGAAAUGCCAAUGAGAAGCACCAGGAGGCCCACAACAAUAGGCUCAUGACCUGUUGCAGCUGGUUUGUUCUUCUGGUCUGCCAGAGCCAUCAGACACAGCAGCAGCAUAGCUGUGCCGAACACCUGGUACAUAUCACAAAGAAACAAUGAUUACUGCAGAGUAAGUCAGGUGGAAGUAAUUUGGUCAUGACUUUGUGACUACCUGGUCAAUGAAUCCAGCUGGUAUUGACAGGUAUGGCACUGGGUAGGUGGCGAAAAUACCAGCUGUGGCUUUAGCACCAGUAACAGUCAAGUUCCCUCCACAGUAAUCAUGUAUAGCUUCUGCACAUGGAAAACAUGACACAUCAGAUGCACUGCCAUUAGAAAUGCAAAAAGAAGAAUGAACAUAUAGAUUAACCCUAGAACACUAUCGCUGGGUGAUUUUCAUCCGACAAAACAUGUUUACGUGAUUUUCAUUAUGUUGCGUUUGUCUGACUAUCAUGGGUCUCUGGGUAGCUUCAGCAUUACCUUUGACAUCUUUGAAGGCAUAUUUGUUUCACUGAUCCAAAACCUGCUUUUUCCUACAGGCAUGUGUUUGGGUGAUUUUUACCCGGCAACAGUGAUAGAGGGUAAAGUAGGUUUGGGAGGAUCUGAUAGCUGCAUGUAGGUGAAUAAGGUCAGAAAGAGUGGUCCUGGAAUUUGCAUGCUAUCUUUAUUUAGCGCAGUGGUUAUGAAUAACUAUCACAAAGUAGUGAUUUUCAAUGGAAUUCAUAUGGUGAAAAGAAAUAUUUUGGUCAGCUGGUCAUUUUUACUCACUCAAAAUCUGCCAUAUUUUGGUUUCUCUCUCCUGCUGCUGUUAUUGUGCCAAGGACCCCGAGUCUUCACCAGGGAAGACUCACAUGCCCCAGGAAUGGGUGGGAAAGAAACUAAUGUUACAGCUUUAUAUAUAUAUUUAGUAAUUUUUUUGUUCAUGAAUGCCUAAUUUCAGUUAUUUUGUUGCAUUUUUAGAUAGUCCCCUCAUGGCACUUUUUUCCCCCUCCCUUUGGACAUUGCACAGUUAAAGGUUUAAAAAAAAAAAAAAACUACUUUAA